AUGACCUCGCUAGUUGGUGGGUCUGUGGUGCAAGCUAUUGGUGCUGCCCCUCAGAUAGCAAGUCCACUUUAUGCAGAUUUCCAAGGUCAACACUCUACUCAAACCUAUCAAGCCUCUUUGGGCUUGGCUAAGAUCCCAGGCAUAUAUGGGUACACCCAGGAUCAUGCUUACUAUAAGCAAGACCUGGCCCAACUUUCCAAGCAAGCAUAUGCUGCUCAGCCUGCAGAAACCAUCCAAAUUUGGUUUGGCAUAGACUAUUAUGAAGAAGGCAAACACAGGUCAAAGCUAUACAGAAAUUUUGAGGAUAAAACAGAUCUUCCUGCCAAAAGCACAUGGGCCACCAUAAAGCAGGCCCUCACCAGCAUGAUGCAGCGUAAGGUUUUUGAACGUUUGAAUGGGUUUGUCAUUCAAAUCAAUGAUUACAACCUGCGAGGCAGGGACAGGACUACAAAAGCGAGAGGUUUGACAAUACCUGCCCUCUCCUAUACAAUUUAUGCAUAG